AAUUUGACCAAUCGGAGCAAAGUUCACUAAACUUGAAGCUAGUAAACUUUGCUCCGAUCUUGGUUGGCUUGGUAGUUUGUGCUUGCUGCGAUAAGUGAGGUUAGAGAGGCGGUGAAACGUCUCCUGGGCACGUGGUGUAGCGGAAAGCAUUGCCGUGGUUUUCACAAAAAUUGGAUAAUUUAUAUAGCAAUAAAUAUAUUAUUCAUAUCGAGAUGUCUGACGCCAAACCUAAAAAACACAAAGUCUCGAAGAAGACGAAAAAGUCGUGGAGAAAGCACAUCGAUAUCAAGGACGUAGAUGCAUUCCUUGAGAACGGCAGAUUGGAGGAACGACUGGGCGCUCCUUUCUCCGAGCGCGCAGAUGCUCAGUUAUUUAUCAUCGAUAAAACUGAUGCUGCUGGAAGUGUCAUCUCCAAACGCGCUGCCAGAUUGGCGUUGAAGAAUAAAGAACCAAAAUGUUUCGCCUCUUUGAAACCGCACACAAAUGUUCCCGAUCCAAUUUCUAAAAGGAAUCGAGUAAGGACCAAAGAGGAACGCAUGAAUUCUAUAUUAUUGCAACGCGAAGCGGACAGGAGAAUGAAGGGUGUUCUGAAGUUGAAGGAGAGGGUAGCAUUGAAGAACAGGUUGCUUGCGAAAGCUGCUUCAGCGAAUCGUCCUAAAAGAGGAGAGAUUAAAGGCGAUGUAUGGAAUAGCACAAAUGCCUUGUUGUCAAAAACAGUCACCGAAUGGAUGUCCUCGGACAGCGUUAGACAUACAGUUAGCCAUUUAGGAAUGAGGAAAAGGAAGAUACCUUCGUCGUUGCAUAAAAAGCCGUCUGUUUUGCCUGCAGUGGAGAUACCACACCCAGGUACAUCUUAUAAUCCAUCGUACAAGGAUCACCAGCAACUGUUGCAAGAAGCUGCCCUGGAAGAAUUAAAACUUAUAAAGCAAGAAGAACAUUUGGACAGAGUCACAACUCUGAUGUUUAAAAGGAUUUCAGUAAAGAAAAGAGAUGAGUGUAUGAUGAAAGAAAUGUCAGAGGGUUUGCCAAACAAUCAAACAUCAAAUCUCAAGUCUAUUGAGGAGGACCAUGAUGAAGACAAAGAUUCAUCUCUUGCAACAACAAAUAAUAAACCUGUAAAGAACGCCAAAAAGACGCUUGUACAAAGAAGAAAACAACGGGAACAAAAACAAGCAGCGAAGGAACGUGCGCUGGAUAAACUCGAGAAAAAGAAACUUUCUGACACCUAUAAAUUGAAAAUGUUACAAAAGCAGAUAGAGGUCAAGGAAAGAAAGCAAGAAGUGCUGCGACAGAAACGAAUGAAGAAGCGCGAGAGGGAAUCUCUUAUGCCAAAGAAUCUGAGCAAGACAAGGUUUGAACCCAUUGAAACUGAUUUCCAGCUUGCGGAAGAAUUGAGUGGCAAUUUGAAGAAUUGUAAGCCAUGUAAAAAUUUACUGAAAGACCGAUAUAAGUCGCUUCAACAAAGAAACAUUAUUGCACCGGCCGUCAUAAAAUUGAAACGAGACAAAGCAAAGGUGAAGAAGUUUGUGAAACCGGAUCACAAAAUAAACUUUGAUGACAUCGAGAAAGCUACAAUCUUAAAAUAAAGAGGAUUUAAUACCUGAUUUAGUCAAUUUGACAUCUUUAGAUUUUCUUUGUCUGUAGAAAUUGUCUGUUUUUCUUUAUAUGUAAGUGUGAUUUAUGUUAUAGUUGGAAAUCAAGUUUUUCCAAUUGUAAUUUAAAUUUUUCUGUAUGGUUAUUGAUUUAAUAAAAAAUUAAAUUAGAAUAAA